UGGCGCUGUGUUGUCAGGGAGCAGCUGGAGGAGCAGGGCUGCAGCCAUGAAUGUGGUGCUGGCUGUCAAACACUAUGUGUCCAGGAUGAUCGAGGAGAGCGGGCCGGGCAUGAAGGUCCUACUCAUGGACAAGGAGACGACCAGCGUGGUCAGUAUGGUUUACACCCAGUCUGAAAUUCUGCAGAAAGAGGUCUAUCUCUUCGAACAUAUAGAUUCUGCAAACCGUGAGAACAUGAAGCAUCUUAAGGCCAUUUGUUUCCUUCGACCAACUAAGGAAAAUGUUCAAUACUUGAUCAAGGAGCUACGAAGGCCGAAAUACAGCGUCUAUUUCAUUUACUUCAGCAAUGUCAUCAGUAAGAGCGACAUCAAGUCCCUGGCGGAGGCUGACGAGCAGGAAGUGGUAGCUGAAGUGCAGGAAUUCUACGGAGAUUACAUUGCUGUGAACCCUCACAUAUUUUCUCUUAACAUUGUGGGGUGCUAUCAGGGCCGGAACUGGGAUCCCACCCAUCUGACUAGGACAACACAAGGACUGACCGCUCUGCUGCUCUCUCUGAAGAAGUGCCCCAUGAUUCGAUACCAGCUCUCGUCAGACAUGGCCAAGAGACUGGCAGAAGGUGUGAAGCGAGUCAUCACGAACGAAUACGAGUUGUUUGAUUUCCGACGGACAGAGGUCCCGCCUUUACUACUGAUCCUGGAUCGCUCUGAUGAUGCCAUCACACCUCUCUUAAACCAGUGGACAUACCAGGCGAUGGUGCAUGAGUUACUGGGGAUCAACAACAAUCGUAUCGACCUGGCCCGUGUGCCAGGGAUCAGCAAAGAUCUGAAGGAAGUGGUGCUGUCAGCAGAGAAUGAUGAGUUCUACGCAAAUAACAUGUACCUGAACUUUGGAGAGAUUGGGACCAACAUCAAGAACCUCAUGGAGGAUUUCCAGAGGAAGAAACCAAAAGGACAGCAGAAGUUGGAAUCCAUUUCAGACAUGAAGGCUUUUGUGGAAAACUACCCCCAGUUCAAGAAGAUGUCGGGAACGGUGUCUAAACAUGUGACGGUAGUGGGCGAGCUGUCUCGUCUGGUCAGUGAGCGUCAUCUCAUGGAGGUGUCAGAGGUGGAACAGGAGCUGGCGUGUCAGAACGACCAUUCCACUGCACUACAGAACGUGAAGCGUCUCCUGCAGAACCAGCGGCUGUCUGAGCUGGAUGCCACCAGACUUGUCAUGCUCUACGCCUUGCACUACGACCGACACAGCAGCAACGGCAUGCAGAGUCUCCUCACCGACCUCCGGAACCGCGGCGUGUCAGAUAAAUAUCGCAGGCUGGUGUCCGCCGUGGUGGAAUUCGGGGGGAAGAGAGUGAGAGGAAGCGAUCUCUUCAGUCCAAAGGAUGCUGUUGCCAUCACCAGGCAGUUUUUCAAAGGGCUGAAGGGUGUGGAGAAUGUGUACACUCAGCAUCAGCCUUUCCUUCUCGACACGUUGGAUCAGCUCAUCAAGGGGAAACUGAAGGACAAUCUAUAUCCGUACCUGGGACCCAGCACCCUCCGAGACAGACCUCAAGACAUCAUUGUGUUUAUUGUCGGUGGUGCAACGUACGAGGAGGCUUUUACAGUCUAUAACCUUAAUCGAACAACACCGGGAGUCCGCAUUGUGUUAGGUGGGACAACAAUUCACAAUACAAAGAGUUUUCUGGACGAAGUUAAUGUCGCGGGAAUCCAGAGCCGAGCGUCAGAAGGUUCGCUGGGGGCAGCGCGGUCCUCGGUCAGACGAUAAAGGACACAAGUCAUUGUGUCAUCCAACACUUCCUUGCUGGGAUCUGCUGUGUAUAGCGAGUUUGAACGUCCACUCCAUGUUAAUAACGCCUAUCUCACCCUAACUACCGUAUCGGCCAUCAGCUGAGAAAAUAUGGAAUGCACAUCCAAAACGCGCAAAUAUCGUUCUUCACAGCUCCAACUGGACCAACCCUCCUCCGAAAAAACACUAUCACCUCCUCGUCUUUUGUGAAGGCUGUGUCUGUUUUGGCUUCUUUUUGUUGGUGUUUUUUUGUUUUUUGUUUUUGAAAAGCUGUAGUUAUUGAAAAGAAAAUUAAUGUAUUAAAUUUAAAGAAUUAUUGUAUAUACGAAACGUGCAGAUUUAUCAAACCGCUGCCCUCUGUGUCUGAUUUCAUGAAGAAGUUUAUUAAUCAAGGAGAGACUGUGGGGAAUUAAACUAUAGAGCUGACUAUAGACAAAGGUAGCCGGUUCGGGGAAGGGGGAGAUUGAGUUUUCAAUAUUCAUCUAUUUUGAAAUGGUAAUGUAAUUCACUAUUUAGUGGAUAUAGAAUAAAAUCUGAUGAAUAUGACAGAAGGCAAAAUGCACAAAAUAAGUUGACCUGAUUCUCCCAAAUCUACACCAUGUAACAGAAUGAAGCGUUUGUUUGCUGGCCACCAAGUGGAUAAUAACAAUAUAUGAUUUCAGUAAAUAUAAAAUGUGGAUUAUACAAAUGGAUUAAUUUAAAUAAACAAUUUAAUUAUUGGCAUUUCUUGGA